CUACACCACACUCGAGAGCCAUCUCCCAGCACACGAGCGGGAUGGCUUCCACCACCACCACCUUCCUCGCCGUCUUGCUGGUCGUGGCCGCGUCCGCGGCGCCGGCACGGUCCUGCUCACCGCGCGACAUCCACGCGCUGCUGAGCGUGAAGCAGGCGCUGGGCAACCCGGCGUCGCUGUCGACGUGGACGCCGGCGUCGCCCAACUGCUGCGCGUGGGACCACCUCCGAUGCAACGACGCCGGGCGCGUGAACAACGUCUUCAUCGACGGCGCGGACGACGUGCGCGGCCAGAUCCCGUCGGCGGUGGGCGGGCUGACGGAGCUCAUGUCGCUGACGCUGUUCCGGCUGCCGGGGCUGACGGGCGCCAUCCCGGCCUGCCUCACGGCGCUGUCGAACCUCCAGUUCCUCACCGUCUCCCACACCAACGUGUCCGGCGCCAUCCCGGAGUCGCUGGCGCGGCUGCGCGGCCUCGACUCCGUGGACCUCUCCAGCAACCGGCUGACGGGCGGCAUCCCGGCGGCGUUCGCCGACCUGCCCAGCCUCCGGUCGCUGGACCUCCGGCACAACCAGCUGACGGGCCCCAUCCCGGCGGGGCUGGUGCAGGGGCAGUUCCGGUCGCUGGUCCUGUCCUACAACCAGCUCACGGGCCCCAUCCCGCGCGACGACGCGCGCGACGAGAUCAACACCGUCGACCUCUCCCACAACAGGCUCACCGGCGACCCCUCCCACCUGUUCGCCGCCGGCCGGCCCAUCGGCAAGGUGGACCUGUCGUGGAACUACCUCAACUUCGACCUCAGCAGGCUGGUGUUCCCGCCGGAGCUCACGUACCUGGACCUGUCCCACAACCUCAUCCGCGGCACCGUGCCGCUGUCGCUGGAGCGCCUGUCCACGCUGCAGAAGCUGGACCUCAGCUACAACCGCCUGUGCGGCCCGCUCCCCAAGGGCCACGGCGUCAUCAAGCACGGGUGCAAGCCGUACGCGCACAACCAGUGCAGCAAAGGGACCCCGCUCGCGGGAUGCCAGGACCUGGAGUGAGUGAGCCGGUGGCCAUGGUUUUCUAUACUCUGCUCUGCUCUCCCUCGCCGGCGUUCUUUUCGUGUCCCAAUCUUGAAGGACGACGGUACGGUGCCUGGUUUAGCUAUAGACAAAAAAAGGUACGGCCGCGUGGUGGCGGUGCUAAUAUGCUUAGCCACGCCCACGCGCGGUUGAUCUUUGAGCAGUUAAGCGUGUACGAAAUGACAGCUGUGUACGUGUACUGUCUGGUGGAGUGUGCUGUGUAUCUGGUCUCGAUCCGAUCGGCCUAAUGUAUGAAAAAAAAAGGAUGUUUACGUACUAAAUGGAAAAUCAUUUUUUCCCUCUUCUUUU